GACGCGACCUGGCCUUGUUUAGAGUGACGGCUUUGGACUGUCUUGUUCUCUGGGACAAUAAGUUGUCUCUGCCCUCCGCGCCCUAUCCCCCACUGUCGUUCUGGUCUUAUGGGCGCCGCGCUUUGCUGCUGCUCUGACCCCGUCGAUCUGGACGGCGAGGUCGACCUCUACCACUUCGACCUCCUCCGCGCCGUCGGCAAGGGCGCCUUUGGCAAGGUCCGCGUCGUUGAGCACAAGAAGACGAAGAAAAUAUAUGCCCUCAAGUACAUCGAGAAGGCAAAGUGCAUCAAGCAGAAAGCGGUCGCGAACAUCAUACAGGAGCGGAGAUUACUAGAGGAGAUUGACCACCCGUUUGUGGUCAAUUUGAGAUAUGCCUUCCAGGACGACGAGAAUUGUUUCUUCGUGCUGGACCUCAUGUUAGGGGGUGACCUCCGAUUCCAUCUGGAUCGACUGGGUCGUAUUCCAGAGGACAUCGUGCGGUUCUGGACAGCAGAGCUGUCGUCUGCGCUCUCGUACCUCCAUAGACAACGUAUCGUCCACAGAGAUAUGAAGCCCGACAACGUGUUACUCGACUCCAUGGGGCACGUCCACAUAACGGACUUCAACGUCGCCAUUCACUACUCCGAACGACGCUUGCAUACAAGCGUGGCCGGGAGUAUGGCUUAUAUGGCACCCGAGGUCAUUGGACAUAAGGGCUACACCUGGUAUGUCGACUGGUGGAGUCUCGGCGUCGUCGCAUGGGAACUGCUGUUCCACAAACGGCCGUUCGACGGGCGCACCUCCGAGAAGAUGAAGCACUCCAUCAUGAAGGACGCUCUCCGGCUCCCCAGCAAAGCCAAUGAACUCUGCAGCGCAGAGGGUCAGGAUGCCCUACGCGGGUUCCUCGACAGGAAUCCUAAGACGCGUUUGGGGUGUAAAGGCAAGGGCCGUGACAUUCCCGACAUCAGGGUGCACCCGUGGUUUGCGACCAUCGACUGGGACGCGCUCGAGCAAAAGGACGCACAGCCUCCUUUCGUCCCUGAUAUCAGCAAGGCCAAUUUUGACGUGUCGCACGAGCUGGAUGAGUUUCUGAUGGUCGAGAAACCACUCACACAUUCGAAGCGCAAGGCGCAUCCUGACCUCGAGAAGAUGAAGCCCGAGCUGCGGCAGCUUGAAGAGCAGUUCACAGUAUACGACUUCACGAAGAACCGGCGAAUGUCGUAUUACCCACAUAACCAACCGAUCACGAGUGCAGGGCACGAAGAAGAUGCAGAGCCCAUCCAGGUCGCUCAGUCAGCAACGAACACUGUGCAGCCAACGGCGACCAUCGUCGAGCGAUCGCGGCCGGGGACCCCCUAUGAGGAACAAUCAGGGCGCGAGACGCCAGAUCCCAUGCCUUCAGUCGCAUUGACCUCUGAACGCCAUCCAUCGCAAUAGCCAUGGUCCGGCGUCUUGUCUUCCUCAUUCACUCCAUCAGCUGGUCCUGUCGUUGCUGCCCGGUGCCAGGCGCGCGCUCCACCUUGUCUACUGUCUCGCACGCACGGUCGGACAUUGUCUAUUGCUCUUCGCUGUUGUAUCAUAGCCCGUUCUCGUCAUCGUCGUGGUUACCCGGCUUGCUGGCUUAGCCUGCCUCAUUGCGCCCAGCACUCCAAUCUCGGGACUUGGAUACUUUGUACUCGGCGGCACGCCCACACUA